GGGUAUUUCCCUUUUCGAUAUUUAGGGUUCUUGGUUUUGCGCUUAGGGUUUGCGGCGAUUUCCGGCGAUGGCGAUGGUCGGAGUUUACCAGAGCGCGCAAGGGACUGCUGCUCCACCGCAUGGCAAGGAGAUGCUACGCAGCGGGCAAGACAUCAAGAUCGUGGGCGGGAGGGCGUUCAACGUUUAUCCCGGGGAGGAGUAUCUUCACAUCCUCCCCGAGGAUAAAGAAAACAAGGGGUUUCUCUUGAGGAAGGAUGGCUUCCCUGACGAAGCAGUUCGCCAUGCUGCAGCGAUGGAGUACAUCGCAGUGGAACUAGCAGACCAGAAAGAGAACCUGGAAAGGGUGGUUGGAGCUCAACGAGGCAUACAGGUGCGACUCAGCCGUCAAAUCGACGAGGGGAGAACCAAAUGGCAGGGACAAAUGCUGGAGAACAUCCGGCUAAACGCGAGUAAUAAAAGGCUGCAGGAGCAAAUUCACGUCCUUCAGGCAAAAGUCGACUUCCUCGAAGCCGAAAACAGGGAUCUGCAGGCGAAGAAUGUGGGUCUUGAGAAACGCGUACUUGACCUCGAGAACGAUCUCUCCUGCAUGGGAGCUGUGCAGAGAGAGAUCCUUCUGAGUCUUCAGAAGCUGCACUUGGCUAGUGGCUAGAUGCACGAAAGAAGCGGGGAAAGUAUUCUAGUGUUUGCUAUUUCUCAUUUUUUAUUUUUUUGCAGGUGGCACUUUUUUUGUAACCUUUGCGAGUUUGAGUAAAGCCAUAAUUCGAGAUCUCUUUUGUUUUUUGA